GGUACGGAGAGCUAAAUGGUAACGCAGGAGAAAGAGAAGUGUCAUUAAAGGGCCUGUGCUCUGAUGAAACCACCACCCCAGGAUCCAGGGUACCCAAUGGCAGCCAGCAGCUCGUAGACACUAACGUGACCCCAAAGCAGACUGUGAAAACCAGUGCUUUGGGGAAAGCUGGAAUCAAAACUAAGAACUUCAUUCAGAAAAAUAGCAUGGACAAAAAGAAUGAGAAAUCCUACGAGAAUAAACUUAGAGAAAGCCAAUCCUCAGACAAGCCAGAGGGAGUGUCUAUCCCAAAUGGUGUGGUCACCAAUAAUUCUAGCUACAUCACAAAUGGCUACGUAGGCAAAGGGGCCGAUAACGAUGGUAGCGGCUCCGAGAGUGGAUAUACUACGCCUAAAAAACGGAAAGGAAGGCGCAACAGUGCCAAGGGUUGUGAGAACUUGAAUCUAGUCCAGGACAAAAUAAUGCAACAGGAGGUUAGUGCACCAACCUUAAAACAGGAACUUGAAAGUUUCAAGCCUGAUUAUAGUGAACAAAAGGGGAACCGAAUUGAAAAUACUAAGCCUGUUUGGAAAUAUGAGGCUGGGGCUAGUGGAGCAGGCCGGGGAAAGCCUGGGCUUGGGGACAUACAGCGAAAAAACUCUGAUGCCAAACCUGGGAUUAGCAGCAAGAAGUUUGAUGACCGGCCCAAAGGGAAGCACGCAUCGUCAGCUACAUCUAAAGAGGACUCAUGGACCUUAUUUAAACCACCCCCAGUUUUUCCAGUGGACAAUAGCAGUGCUAAAAUCGUUCCCAAAAUAAGUUAUGCAAGUAAAGUUAAAGAAAACCUCAACAAAGCAGCUCAAACCCCAUCCACGUCGUCUUCGUCAUCUUCGUCAUCUGCUGGGGAAACUCAGGCCCAAACAUCAAGUCGUCUGUCCCAAGUCCCCAUGUCUGCUAUGAAAUCUGUUACUUCUGCUAGCUUCUCGAAUGGGCCAAUUCUAGCAGGGACUGAUGGAAGUGUCUAUUCUCCAGGGACCCAGCCACUGCUCUCAACUGCUGCUAGUACUGUACCAUCAACCUCCUCCGAGUCAGUACCCCAGGACACCAGUACAACUUCAACAGCUCUCGAACAAAAGAAAUCUAGCCUUUUUAUCUACCCUUCAAAUAUGCAAACUGUGCUUCUGGGUACAGGGCAAGUCGAUUUCCCAUCGCAGACGAAUCAGCAGAACCUGGGAGAUAUUUUCCAGAAUCAGUGGGGCUUGUCUUUCAUAAACGAGCCCAGCGCUGGACCCGAAACUGUUGUGGGGAAAUCUGCAGAUAAUAAGUUAAUGGAAGUGACAUUUCAAGGGGAAUAUCCUGCCACUUUGGUUUCACAGUGUGCUGAAAUCAUUCCCUCAGGAACUGAACAACCUGUGUUUCCUAAGGCUUAUGAGCUGGAAAAACGGACUAGCCCUCAAAUUCUUAGUGCUGUUCUUAAGCCUGGGACUGCUGUUGAGGGUGGUGUCUUAGCUUUGGAGUCGCAUCACACGGGUGACCUACAAAAAGCAGACACCGGUAGCCAAGGUGCUUUAGUGUUUCUUUCAAAAGACUAUGAAAUAGAGAAUCCUCUGGCCUCUCCUACGAACAAUUUGCUAGCCUCCGCCAAAGAACAGAGGUACCAGAGAGGCCUAGAAAGGAAAGAUAGCUGGGGUUCUUUUGACCUGAGGGCUGCUAUUAUAUAUCACACUAAAGAAAUGGAAUCGGUUUUGAAUUUGCAGAAGCAAGAUCCCAAAAGGAUAAUCAUUUACGAUGAAGCCAUGGAUCGCCCGGAUCAAUGAAGGUAGCAAGACGAGACUGCCUGUUAUAACCUUUCUGCAGCAUUUGUGCUGUUCGUGGGGGACAAAAGGCUUUUAUGCUCCUUCUAAAUCUUCAGUGCAGCAGAGGAACCAUAACUAGAAUCACAGGAUAAUAUAUACAAAUAUAUAUAUAGUUAUUUAAAAAUGGCAACUGAAAGUAAUUAGACUCUUAAGGAAUCUGAAAAUUUAUUUCAACGAGACUACACACGUGAUUAUUUAAUCUCCGGUACUGAAUAGAUUUUUUUCAGUUUUUUGUUUUCUUUUUUUGUUUAAAGAGUGAAUGCAAGAGAUUAAUGAAUACAGACUCAAUUUACAAGCCCGGUUCUAAAGUUCCUGCUGUCGUCUACAAGGGCAACAGCAACCCACUGGAGAAGCAUUUCCACUUGACAAGGUUUCUGUUUCUUGUUCUGUGACUGUAGUGACACACUAAUCACAGGGAAAUCAGGAUGAUUCACCAUCCUUCAUCUCCCCUUUCCCUUCCACCUCCCCUAUUUGGGUUAAUUAAUUUUUUGUUCUGUUUUGUUUUCAUUGAAUGCUGGAGAAACGCCUUGAAGUUUGCGGAGUUUAUCUUUUUUUUUUUCUCCAGAGAAUUAUAAUCCGCAUGUUUUGCCAGGAGUAAAGCAGCCAGUUCUAUGCUGGGGAUAUUGUCUUAAAGCAGCAUUCUUCUGGGGGAAAAGAUGAUAAUACUGCAGUUCUAGGAUGCAUGGUGAAGUCAUACAGUUGACCUGGCUCCGGUUACACGUGGGACUAUGACAACUGAAGAGUUUUUUCAUUUUAAAAGGCAACAUGCAAAAAUAAGCAAUCUGUUUAGGCAUUUAAUAUGGAG